GUCGCACCGUUCCGCGUUUUCGUUGUCUGCGUUUUAUUUAUUUAUUUUUUAAUGCGCGACGCGGAAAAUGUGAUUGUGCGCGACCGAUUUCGAUAUUUGAUUCGCCGUGUGGUGUGCGUGAGUGAUUUGUGAUUUGGUUUUUACUGCCGUCAUGGAUUGAGGAUUUUUUAUUUAAUUGGAUCAUGUUGCGCUACACGAAACUGCAGUUGGCGACCUGCAUCUCCCUGCCCACCGUGUCCAUCCUGUUGCUGUGGACCGUGGCGAUCUUCCACAAGAACCGGAAACGCUGGGGCCCGUACGACAUACCCAUAGUCUCGUUGCUGGUGCUGAGCGUCAUCCGGAACGUGUGCGUGCUCAGCUACGUGCUGGUGGUGACACUAAACGAAGAAGUCUUCGACACCGAAUAUUGCGGUGUGGUGGUGUGGCUGUUCAACUCCAUACACACCUUCCAGGCCUCAAUCCUGACCACCAUCGCCGUCAUCGGUUUGUUCAGCUCGAAGCUGCACAGGAACAAGCAGAACCUGCGCCAGUACCUCACCACCACCCACAUAGUUUACCACUUGUUCUGUCUAACCACCCUGUGCGCCUGCGUCGGGGUGGCCGCCAUCCUGGCCAAAAGAAACGACGUCAGCAGCGUCAUAUUCCAAAACGUCACCGUCUUCAACGACCCCAACCCGUGCAGCUUCCUGCCCUUCGAGCUGGACGUCAAGUUCAACGUGUUCAUCCUCGUGUUGCACCUCUCCCUGGCCGUCGUCUCCUUCGGCUCGUUCCUCCUCAUCUGCUACCACCACUACAGGUCGAAGAAGGGCGGCAACUUCGACUACCUCAAGAAGUCCAACUCCGACCUGUCCGACUUGAGUGUGGCCAACUACGCCGGCGACAAGCAGUUCUACGACGCCUUCCGCCCUCCCAAGGCCGACGAGCCCCACAGACCCAACCACAUCAACCAAAUCGUGUGGAACAGCGACACCUCGAACAUCUCCACCACCGUAAGCUCGACGAACAGCCGACGUCCCUGUCUGUCGAAGAAGCAGUUCGAGACCAUCGAGGAUUGGAACAGGACGGGGCUGGAGACCAUGCACCCCGUCCUCAUCGUCUCCUAUCUCUUCUAUCACCUGCCGGUGAUCGUUCUUUGCAUCUACCCGAAGCUGAUCUACCCGUACUCAAUACCCGGAGCAGUCCUGUGGCUGGGCCUCCUCCAGGACUUACUGAUACCAGUCAGCCUGGGAAUAGUCGACUCCCGUUUCUGCAAAUGGGUCGCGAACGUGUACAAAUGCACGGGCAAACACAACGAGGAAAAACUGCCGCAGAUUGGUUUGGACGGUAAAUUCAGGCCGUUCGGUACUAGUCAACCGCAAAGUUUGGAGGUGCCCAACCCGACCAACUUCAGGGGCUUGCAGACCAUUGAACACCGGUUUCCGCUUGCCAAUGCCAAUUUGUACACCAGCAUCGAUGGCAACAAUCGGCUGCCCAUUAUACAGAACUACCGGAGGCAAACCAGGGAACCACCGAGUGUAAGGCAGGUACAGCCACUGGAGGGACAGAAGUCGUCUUCCAACAUCUCCUUGCACCAAAGUACUCACUUGAAACGUCAGGAGUACGACAAACCUAAGUGCAUUAACUGCGAGGCCAAUCUGUGCCCAAGUCACUCAGAUCUCCAUCACCUCACCCCUGACUACAUCAACAAGCAGCUGAACUACCUGCACAAAAGCAACGGCAACUUGAAUCGUAAAAGUUUGGAAGACAUAACCCACAACAACUUGCUGUCCAACUCCAAAUUAAGCAGGAGCCACGAGCACGUCCUGAAAAUCAGCCAGCAGGACGUGACGGUUCACCAGCAGGCCCAACUGAACGACUUCUACAACAGCUCCGACGACGAGUACGUGUCGGACGUGCACGGCCACAACUACGACAGCACCAGCAGCUGCAACUCCAUCACCACGGAGGCCAACUGCGACUUCGAAUUCUAUCACAAAAACGACAUAUUGGUCGACAACAAGGAGGAACGAAACGACGAAAGCUUGUUCGGGUACGACGUGCAAUCCGAACAGGACUACUUCUCCAUCACCGCCCACCCCAUCAUGUCCAGCUUCAAGCCGCAAGAGUACAAGCAGAUGAUGAUGCAGCAAAAGGAGACCGACCCGACGAGGAACAACGCCAAAAUCGACAUCAACAAGAACUUCAAAAUCACCAGGUCCAACUCGAAACGUUCGCUGGAGAACUUCCAGACGUUCAUCGAGACCGACAUCAACGCCAACCUGCAGGACAAGUUGCAACGGUCCAAUUCGUUCAUGACGCUGGAGGACAGGAAGAAGCGGAUCAGGAACAAUCCGGUGAAGAAGCUGAAGGACAACGUCAAGUCGAAGAACAAGUCGGUGGAGUGUAUUCCCGCAGGCAGGACCGUUUUCAUCGAAAACAUUAACCUGCAGGAUAAAUAUGUGGGCAGCGUGCCCGAUUUCAAGAAGGUUUUCAUCUCGGAAUAUAUUUGAGUACUUACUGAGUAUUGACUAAUUGAAGUAUUGUAUUAAUUGUGAUUGUUUUUUCAAAUUUAUUGUACAAUUUAUGGACAUUUUUUUAUUGUUACAUAUAUAAAUAUUGUAUAUAAUUUACUUUGUUGUAAGAUUGUGUCUUAUAUACUGUGUAUAUAUUCGACUACACGUUUUGUAAUAUAUUAUAUCUCAAAUAAAUUUAGUUAAGGA